AUGUACGAAGACUAUGAUGAAGGUUUCGGAUCUAUGAGUUUGAGUUCUAGUGAUUUUCAAAACCUCUCUACUGAUCAGGAGAAGAUAAAUUCACUCAAUGAAUUGUGUACCUUCCUGUGUAUUGGUAUGGAGGAUUUUAUUCAAGGAUUUGAUGUUUAUGGUUGGUCAUCAGUUCUCAUCCCUCUCCUAAAGGAAAAGGUAACAUCAGUUAAAAGUUUAGAAAGUCAACUCUCUGAAGGAUCAUCAGAUGUUUCCGAAAUUCAAAAUGGAUGGAAUCAAACCAGGGAAAUUGUAACUUUAAUUCUUAGAGCUCUUGGUAUUGUUCUUGAGAUGGUUCCAAGAAGCGUUCCGACUGUGCUUUCAUAUCACCCAAUAGAAUCAUUGUUAGAAUUGUUAAAACAAUUUUCAAAAUCAUCGAAAAAGGAUGAAGAGGAGCAUUCGAAUAGUUUACGUGCAACAGAUUUAUUUGGAGAAUUUGUAAAUGAAAGUAUGCUGGAAGAAAUUUUGAAAUGUUUUGACAAGAUAAGUAUUGAAGAACCAACUGCUCUAUUUAAUACUGUUUCAUCAAACGAUAAUGAUGAUCAUGAAAACGCAAGUGGAAGCAGUGAAGCAGGUUUUAUUGGUAUUUUAUUGAAUUGUCUGGAUAGUCCAAUGUUUUCAUCCAGAAUCAAACAAUCUGCUUUGAAAACUAUUUGUAACUUGUUUAGAAAGAUGAGAGUGAAGGAAGAUUUUUCCACUUUUAUUGAGCAAGCAGGCGCUCUUGAUGCAUUAAUUCGUCAAAUUAAUAUUGUAACAAGCCAUAGCAUUCUUUCAAAUGCUUCAGGUGAUGUAAAUUCAACAAGACAGUCACUACAAACAUUUAAAAUCAUUUGUGACACUUUUGCUUAUAUUAUUGAGAGAAGUAGAUUUCAAAAAGGCACUCUCAAGUCUAAAAAAUCAAAAGAAAGCAAAUCCAACUCUUCAAUUAUUGAAACUGUAGCUUCACAAGUUGCGAAUACAUCCAUGUUAACUCAAAUGCUGGAAAAAUUGAGUGAAGCUACAGAUACUAUUUCUCAUGCAUCUGCCACUAUAUCAAGAUAUAUCGUCAGUACUUUGCAUUUGUACUCAGAUGCUUCUCCAAAAGUUUUGAAUGAAAUGGUAAAUCCAAACCACUCUGGAAGAAGUUUAUUCCUCUCACUCAAAAAGUGGAUAGAUCCUCAACAACAAGAUUAUGUAAUUUCUGGUAAUAAUGAGAAAGUAAUGGAAAGUUUCAAUCUAUUGCAGGAUUCUAUAUUAUACUUCUUGAGUAAUUUGUUCCCAGAAGUUGAUGAUUCCAAAGUAAUUGCACAAUAUAUUUAUGGUGCUACUAAAUAUUAUUGGGAGGAUGAUUAUCACAAUUUGAAUGAAUAUGACGAGACAGCUAACGCAGAACUUGAAAAGUAUUAUCGUGAGGGACAUGUAGAUAGUCAAUUUACCAUUUACAUUGCAGGUAGAGCUUACAAGAUUGACCUAUUAGAACUCAAACAAUACAGUAGUACCAACCUUAUGAGAAAUAUCAAGAGAGAUCCAAUUCCUUGUUCCUUCUCGAGAGAUGUUUGCAUGUUAAUUGGUGGCUCCACUACUACUAGUAGUGAAUCUGCACAUGGUAAGGAGAGCCCAACCUCUAAAACACCAGAAUCUCCAACCAAAAAGGAGGGUUUCUUUACAAGAUUUUUCAAAAAACAAAAACCAAACGAAUCAACACCCACAACACCAACAACACCUCAAUCUGUUAUAGGUAGCAGAAGUAAAUCCUCCAGUACGAAACCAACUCUCACAAAGAGCAAGGAUAAAUUCAUCAAACUUAACACCUUCUCAAAACUUGAUACAGAAAACAAAAAGCUUAUUUCUGAAUAUGCUUUGGAAGAAUUAUUAGAGCCUCUUAUUGCCCUUUCUACUAAUGAGUUUUAUAGAAAAGAUUGCCUUAACAUUAUUUGUAAAAUUUUGAAUAGUUUUGUAAAUAGCCAUCAAAAAUCCUCCUCCAAGAUCCCAACCAGAAGUGUACAAAUACUUGCCAAAUAUGCGAUCAAAACCCUCAAUCAAUACUCUCACCACAAGAUGGAUGUAGAUGAUACCUCCUCUGCAGGUUCCUCCGAAGAUACAGAUAGCUCACCAAUGUAUCUCACCAUGUCUGCUCAAGAGUUUUCAAACGCUACAAGACUUGAUUCUAUUGUAAUUACCAAUUGCUUGCAUAUUAUUCAUUCUCUGCUCAAGCUUGAUAGUGGUUUUGACUCUGUUAAAAAGAUUAUUCUAAGAGAGGGAGUUAUAAGUACACUCACUGAAUUGAUUAACUCUUCCAAAGAUUCUCAAUCAGAGCCUAUUGAAACUUCAAUUAGUAGGCUUAUCCAAUCAAACUCUCAGGCAAUUUUAGAUAACUAUUUCUCUGACAAGCUUCACUACAAUCAUACCUCAGAGGAGGAAAAUAAGCUCCACUCUAUUUGUUCCUCUUUGAAAAAGAAUUUAAUUGAUAGCGAAAUUAUGCAGGAACUAGCCAACAUACUUAACCAAUCAACCAUUUCAUCAUACUCAUUUGAGCAAUCCAAUUUUGUGACUAGCUUUACUAAUGCAUUGAUCUCUGCAUUUGAUUUCAGUGUUGAAGAUUUGGAAAAGUAUAUCGUGAGGAAUAGAGAUGUUUUGUCCAAUUUGGUAGAGUUAUUACAUUCCCUCAUUGAUAAGCUGGCUCAAAGCUCAUUCAAAAUAUCAGAUAUUAGUAUCACUGAAGCUACAGUGAAAAAGUUUGCAUCAGGAGUCGUUUUGAAUAUUAAACCUACUAAUUCAACUCAUGAUUGGAAGGGUUCCCUCAAGGCAGAGCCACUUAUUACUAUAAAGACAAUAGAGAACUUUAUAGCCUCAAAGAUUGAUCUUCAAGGCAAGCAGAUUCAAAUAUCGAUUGAUGGGAAUUUAUGCGAUGAGCCUUCACUAACUCUCUUUGAAACAGUUCUAAAUGAGAAGAAGCUAUCUCUGUGUGAGGAGAGUGUUAUUUUGGAACUUUUCAGCAAAGAGUAUGAAAUUUCAUACAAAUUUGUUGACAAAACACACAAAUUGAAGGAAUUUUUGAAAGAGAACAGUCACCAAAAUACACACCCAACCAAGAGUCCAUUCAACGAAAAAUUACUACUAUGGAUCAAGCAAUUUACUGCAGAUAUGAAAUCACAUUCACAAGAAUUGACAAAUUGCCUGAUUCUUCUCAAGGUUCUCUUCGAACUAAACAGAAAGAACAACAAUAUUAUCGAUCCAAGCAAUUUCCAAAACCUUCAAGUGGCUAGCAAGUUCAUUAUCCAACAAAAUAAGGACUCAUAUUUCAUUGGGCUUGUUUUGGCAAUGAUUAGUGGAACUCUCCCAUCUUGGAUGUACAAUAUUGCAACACAUUGUGGAACUUUCCUUCUACCUCUUUCUACAAGAAGAAAUUUCUUCUUCAAGUGGAGUGGCGUCACUCUCCAUCCUUCAUCUAUUCUUCAAUCUCAGUGUGGAGCUGUUGGUGACUCGAAUGAUACUAGAAUUGGCAGGAAAAAGUCAGAGAAAGUCAAAAUUAUGGACAGAGAGAAAAUAGUAGAACAAACUCUUUCCCAAAUCAAACCACAAAAUUUCUCCUCUAAAUCUAUUUUGGAGUUCGAAUAUGAAAAUGAAGUCGGAACUGGCCUUGGUCCAACGAGGGCUUUCUUUGAUUUACUUUCAAGAGAAUUACAAAAGAAGCAACACUGCUUGUGGAUGAAUCAAUCCAGUGACGAUUCUGAUUAUGUAAAAACAGCAUACGGUAUCUUCCCUGAGCUUGUAUCUGAAAAUAGUUUUGAACAUUUAUCUGGUGAGAAACAAUUCAUGUACUCUCUGGUGGGAUCCUUGAUUGGUAAGGCCAUUGAAGAUGGUAGACUUUUGGAUCUUGAAUGUAACUUGAAUAUGAUAGAUAUGAUAAUUUCAAACUCUCCAUGCCAAUUGAAUGACUAUUCUUCAAUCAAUCCUACACUGUUCACCUCUAUCACCUCCAUUAUAAAAUAUGCAGAUAUUAAGAAGAAUAUUCAAGAGGGUUCAGAGGAAUGGGAAAAGCUCAAAUCUGAAAUUGAUUUGCUGAGCUUAGAUUUCACAUUUGGUAAUUACAAAUUGAAACCACUCGAGGAAAUUUCAAGUGAUGUAACAAUUCACAACAUUGAUGAAUAUGUGACAUGCUUGACCAAUUAUUUGUGUAAUGAGGGAGUUAUGGAACAAAUUAAUUGUAUCAGAUUUGGUUUGAGAGAAAUAAUUUCGAAUAGGGGUUUGAAAUUGUUGAAGAGCUUUUCAUCAGAUGAAAUAUCACUCUUUAUCAAGGGAAGCGAUGAAAUAUGGAAGGAUAAGCAAUCUUUGCUCGAUUGUAUUCAAUGUUCACACGGUUAUACCAUCAAUUCUGAACCAAUUCUCUUCUUAAUGGAAUGGUUGUUAUCUUUGAGCGCAUCAGAACAAAAGCUCUUCCUUCAAUUUGUAACCGGUUGUUCUAGAAUUCCAAUAGAUGGAUUGAAGAUUACUAUCGUCGAAAAGACAGGUCAAAACCCAGACAAUACCUUACCUACAUCCAAUACAUGUUUCAACUAUUUGAAAUUACCUGCCUACACAUCGCUCCAAACUCUCAAACUAAGAAUGGAAACAUCUAUACAAUUGGGAAGAAACACCUUUGAUCUUUCUUAA